AUGUCUGUACUGGGAGUAUUUAACCACGGAAUCCUUGUUGGGUGUAAGGACAGAUGCGGAAGUAAUAUGCUCCUUCAGGUGAAACUUGAUGAGAAGGAGGGGAAAAUAGAAGAUGAUGAUUUCAAAGAGAAUAUUGAAGAACUUGCGAAGAAAAUGACUUCCGUAUCAGUAUUUGACAGAGCAGGAGAAGAGGCCAAGGUAUCAAGUCAGUCAGAGUCUAAAGCUGUGGGUGUAUCCAUAACAGAGAAUAAACAGUCUGUCCCAGAUACCACACCCACAUCUUCUAAAUCAUCUGAUCUAAUGGAGGAGGAGGGUGGAGCUGGAGGAGCGGAGGGCGGAGCUAGAGGGAAUGUGGGUGGAGCUAGGUCAGAUGUGGGUGGAAUUGGAGAAGCUGUGGGUGGAGCUAGAGUAGAUGUGGUGGGCACUGGAGAAGCUGUGGGUGGAGCUAGAGGAGAUGUGGUUGGAGCUGGAGAAGCUGUGGGUGGAGCAAGAGUAAAUGUGUGUGGAGGAGGACAAGCAGGAGCUCCUAUAGACGACAUGAUGGGUGCAGUGGGCGGGGCUGAUAAUCUAUUACAAGCUCUUUCUAUAGCCCAAAUGCUGGAGGACAUGGGUCAUCAGCAGAUGUUUGCAGUUCAGCCACUCUCCUGGUGUCCUCACCUAGAAACAGUACAGCCCCUAUCACAGAGGUUUCUAGACACAAGGGCCCCUUGUCAGGACUGUGGAAAUGAGGGAGAAAACUGGGUGUGCCUCGUCUGUUACAAGGUUUACUGUAGCAGAUAUGUCAAUGAACACAUGGUAAUUCAUGGUGUAACAGAGCAGCACUUGGUCACUCUGAGUUUUUCUGACCUCUCUGUCUGGUGCUACGGAUGUGAUAACUACAUAGAUAAUCAGAUUGUAGCUGAAGCUAAGCGAGCAGCACAUAGACACAAGUUUGGAUCGGAGAUGUCGGGAUCUUAACACACAGGAAGGUGUAAAACCGUAGCAGGGACAACUGAAGAGAGCUUAAUGUGAUUGACUUAAGGACUUUGUUACCUCAUUGUCAAUGGAUGGCAGAUUUACAGGACAUUUUCCCACAAACUUGUCACAUCUUUGUCUUACUAACCCUUUAUUACACUUGGUUAUGGCAUAUUUCCUGACAGGCCCAUCAAGAGAUGUUCAUUUUCACAUUUUCAACACAAGUAAUAUUUUUAUCGAUAGACAUAUCUUAAAAAGUGUCUUAUACUAGUAGGCAUGUACCUGCCUGAGAUUUUUGUUUGUACAAAAAAUAUACAUGAGAAAGCAUGAUGCAAGUUCAUGAUUAGGGGUUUUCAUAAUCGUAAGAUUUGCUUUGAUUUCAAACAGAACCCUUUAAAUCACGACUCCCAAAACCAUUGUGCCUUCUUUUUCAACUGAUUUUUCCAGAAAUAUUUAAUGGUAUGCAUUUUUUUUCUUUAAAGAAUAUUUUAGAGGUUACUUUAACUGCAUGAUAUUUAAAACAAGGACAUCUACAUCCGUGUAGAUAUUUUAAUGACAUAUUCUUAUGCAGGUAUUAAUUUUUACAUUUUGUUAAUAAAAUUUGAUAUAAUAGUACUAGUUGAACUUGAAAAUAAUGAGCACUUUCGAGACAAAAGCACAACAUUUUUGGAAUUUACCAGUGGCUUUAAGAAUCUUCUAGAAUUUACCUUGGUACGAUUGUUUUCAAAAUAGUGCAAUGUGAAUAAAAAUUGAUGAAGGAACGAGACAUCACCUUUAGAAAAAGGUCACGUUCAACGGCAUUUAACAUUUAGUGAUAUACAGAAAGAAUAAUGUACUUAAGUACCAGUUAAAGGAAUAGCAAUAAGCCCAUAUCUGGUAAUAAGCCCAUGUCUGGUAAUAAGUACAUGUCUGGUAAUAAGUACUUGUCUGGUAAUAAGUCCAUGUCUGGCAAUAAGACCAUGUCUGGUAAUAAACCCAUGUCUGGUAAUAAGUGCAUGUCUGGUAAUAAGUACAUGUAUGGUAAUAAGUACUUGUCUGGUAAUAAGUCCAUGUCUGGCAAUAAGACCAUGUCUGGUAAUAAACCCAUGUCUGGUAAUAAGUCUAUGUCUGGUAAUAAGUACUUGUCUGGUAAUAAGUCCAUGUCUGGCAAUAAGACCAUGUCUGGUAAUAAACCCAUGUCUGGUAAAAAGUGCAUGUCUGGUAAUAAGUCCAUAUCUGGUAAUAAGCCCAUGUCUGGUAAUAAGUAUUUAUCUGGUAAUAAGCCCAUAUCUGGUAAUAAGCCCAUGUCUGGUAAUAAGUAUAUGUCUGGCAAUAAGACCAUGUCUGGUAAUAAACCCAUGUCUGGUAAUAAGUGCAUGUCUGGUAAUAAGUAUUUGUCUGGUAAUAAACUCAUGUCUGGUAAUAAACCCAUGUCUGGUAAUAAGUGCAUGUUUGGUAAUAAGUACUUGUCUGGUAAUAAGCUCAUGUCUGGUAAUAAGUCCAUGGCUGGUAAUAAGCCCACUUCUGGUAAUAAGCCCACGUAUAUCUAUUACUUUUCAGAGGAAUUACCAAAACUGCUUUACUAGUAUUGAAACAGCAUUUUUCAUUGUCUUGUAAUAAUUAAGCUCGCCCUUAGCGUUGAGUCACAGGUGAUCUAUAGCCCCCUGGACUAACUAUAAUAUGUUACAUGGAGAUGCUGUAAGUGUUCCUAUAGAUCAACCCUGAACCCCCUCCCUAUCCCAUUCUAUCCAACCGUUUAGAUCUCUAAGAAUUACCUCAGUUGGUAAGAUCCUUGUAUCACAAGUCGUGGCCUAUUGUUACCAUCAUAGUAUUCCCGAGUACAUUGAUUUUAUAUAUAUACGUGUCAUUUUGGUGUUAUUUCUCUUUGAAUAUCCAGUUGUAAAAUUGUAGUGAACGCAAUAUAGUGCAUCGCAUUAUGGAUGUUAUGUCAGCAAAAUUAAUAUGGUUUAUUGUUUGAACCGUUUGGACAGAUUGUCACUAAUUGAAGUAAAGCUGAUAUAUUACAGGACAGUGGAUAUCUGGGGUUAAAGGUGAUGGAAUACUAAUACCAUAAAAACUUCAUUGAUCCAACUCUUCACAACUUCUUUGUCGUCUAACAUACCACAACCUCACUUAAAAAUGAUCCAACUCUUCACAACUUCUUUGUCGUCUAACAUACUACAACCUCAUUUAAAAAUGAUCCAACUCAUCACAACUUCUUUGUCGUCUAACAUACUACAACCUCAUUUAAAAAUGAUUCAACUCAUCACAACUUCUUUGUCGUCUAACAUACCUCACUUAAAAAUGAUCCAACUCAUCACAACUUCUUUGUCGUCUAACAUACCUCACUUAAAAAUGAUUCAACUCAUCACAACUUCUUUGUCGUCUAACAUACCUCACUUAAAAAUGAUUCAACUCAUCACAACUUCUUUGUCGUCUAACAUACCUCACUUAAAAAUGAUUCAACUCAUCACAACUUCUUUGUCGUCUAACAUACUACAUCCUCACUUAAAAGAAAAAUUCUUUCUCCGAUUUCCUUACCUUAAAAAGUAGAAACUCAAUUACAAUCAAUCAUUAUUGUAUUGGGAAAAAUAUGUUCAUUCUGUAAACAUUAACUCGAAUUAUAACAUCCAAUUCUGAGAUAUUUGUUAGAAAAUUGCUAUCACAUUUAGUUAAUGCCAUCAAGUUUGUUUUGAUUAAGGAAAGUGAAACUAGUAUCUUUGCGCAGUUCUCUAAUCACUUUUCAAAGAUGUUCCCAGAGAUCAGUGAUAUUGGAAAGUAAACUGACUUCAAAAAAUUGUAAAUUUUGGAAUGGGUUUUAAAAUAGUUCAGAAGUAAAUUGCACCAUUAUGUUAGUGUCAGACAGUAAACAAAUAUUUCUACAUCUGAAGAAACCAAAAUCAUUCAACGAGAAAAAUAUUGCAUAUGUUAUGUGUAAAGUGUCAAAUAUGAACUUGGAUAUGGUAAGAAAGCAUAGUAAGUAGCACUUAUUGGAAAAGUUGGUUAGCAUACAAUAUUUAUACUUCUGUUUAAAUAUACUAUAUCCUGGUUAAUUGUUCAAGUGUAUAUACCAGUAGACACUCUCAGUAUGACUGUUGGCGUUCAUAGGCAAUAUGAAUGACACUGCAUAGCAGGCUCAUGUCAUACUACCUACAAUAGCUAAGCUAUAGUACAAGUACAUGUAAGAAAUGGUACAUUAUUAAGAGUUGUAAAUCUUAACAGGAUUUUUCACACUGUUACCAUCAGUCAAAUUACAUUUGAGAAACAAGUCGGUAACGGUAGUGUGGAAAGUGACAUUUAUUGUCUAAUAAUUGCCACUGCAAUAGUGAACAUCAUUUAUUGUAAUUGGUUUGAUAGAAUGUAGCUGAAUUUAUUUUUACCUUCUUGAACAUGCCUUCAUUUUCUGUAUUGAUACUUGCCGUUAUCAAUAGAAUGAAAUCUUAAAUCUAUUGUACACUAUAGUAUAUGAUAAGUCAAUAAAUAUUUCGUGCUUUUCACCUCAAAUUGAUCAUUCCUAGUAAGUGUAUAUGUCUUGAAUGUGAAUGUACUGAUCUAUAUAUGGUCAUGUACUUAUCUAUAUAUGGUCAUGUACUUAUCUAUAUAUGGUCAUGUACUUAUCUAUAUAUGGUCAUGAGCUUAUCAUGCUUAUAGAGUCAUGUACUUAUCUAUAUAUGGUCAUGAGCUAGUACCCAGUCUCUUUUACCCAGUUACUUAUCUUUUGUAAUAAUCUAUUUUUGAAUAUUAAUGCUUUGUGUGACCAGUGUUUUGACCAGUAAAUGCUGUUACUUGCCUGAUGUAGUAAUUCUAAUAUCACCCAAUUCAGAAUAUUAGAAGUAGCGGCAGUUGAUAUUGUAAUUAUGAAUCCAUAAAUUGAAUGCUACUACAUUUAGUGGGAAAACUGAUACCAUGAAGUUUGGUAAUCGUAUAGAGAACUCCUAGAGAGAUAAAGUAAUCACUGGUCUGUAUAUUAAUUCUAUAGAAGAAAACACUGUUACUGUUAUGUGAGAUUUUGUAUAUAUACAGCAAAGUUGGUGAAUCUCGAUUUUUCUCAGUCAAUGAUUUACCAACCUUAGAUGUUGUACUGAUGGAGCUAUGAAAUAGAUAUUACAGAAGAAAAUAUUAUGAUAGUUCAAGAUUUUAUAUACAUAUAUAAAAAUGAUGUUGAUAAUAUGUUUGUGAACUAACACUAUGAAUAUGAUUAGAUAAUGGAUUCAUAGUAAGUAAAGUUGACAGGAUAAUUUAAUUUAUUGAAACAUGAUAGAGGCUGUUUGAUUAAGAAUUAUUAUAUGGUGAUACACUAUGUAAGAAUAUAUUUGAUGUCUCCCGAUAAUAAAUCAUCAAAUACAA